GGCCGCCCGGGCGGGACCCCGGCGUGAGCAUCAGGCGCCCCUCUAGGAGUGCACGACCCCCGGAGCCCCCCUCAACACGGACCGCGCCCGCCGGGCACACAAGAAUGGUCACUAUACUGGGGGCCAUGGAGUCUCAGGUGGGGGGGGGCCCGGCCGGCCCGGCCCUGCCCAACGGGCCACUCCUUGGUACAAAUGGAGCCACUGACGACAGCAAGACCAACCUCAUCGUCAACUACCUGCCCCAGAACAUGACCCAGGAUGAAUUCAAGAGUCUUUUCGGCAGCAUUGGCGACAUCGAGUCCUGCAAGUUGGUUCGGGACAAGAUCACAGGGCAGAGCCUUGGCUACGGGUUUGUGAACUAUUCUGAUCCCAAUGAUGCAGACAAAGCCAUCAACACCCUCAACGGCCUCAAAUUACAGACGAAGACCAUCAAGGUGUCCUAUGCCAGACCCAGUUCAGCAUCCAUCCGGGAUGCCAACCUGUACGUCAGCGGGCUCCCCAAGACCAUGAGCCAGAAAGAGAUGGAGCAGCUCUUCUCCCAGUACGGCCGCAUCAUCACGUCCCGCAUCCUGGUGGACCAGGUCACAGGUGUCUCUCGGGGUGUGGGAUUCAUCCGCUUCGACAAGAGGAUUGAGGCUGAGGAGGCUAUCAAAGGACUGAAUGGGCAGAAGCCGCUGGGCGCAGCUGAGCCCAUCACAGUCAAGUUCGCGAACAACCCGAGUCAGAAGACAGGGCAGGCGCUGCUCACCCACCUCUACCAGUCGUCCGCCCGGCGCUACGCAGGCCCCCUACACCAUCAGACACAGCGUUUCCGGCUGGACAAUUUGCUCAACAUGGCCUACGGCGUCAAGAGGUUCUCCCCGAUCGCCAUCGACGGUAUGAGUGGCCUGGCGGGCGUGGGCCUGUCGGGGGGCGCGGCAGGCGCUGGCUGGUGCAUCUUCGUGUACAACCUGUCACCGGAGGCGGACGAGAGCGUGCUGUGGCAGCUGUUCGGGCCCUUUGGGGCGGUCACCAACGUCAAGGUCAUCCGCGAUUUCACCACCAACAAAUGCAAGGGGUUCGGCUUCGUGACCAUGACCAACUAUGACGAGGCGGCCAUGGCCAUCGCCAGCCUGAACGGCUAUCGCCUGGGCGAGCGCGUGCUACAGGUCUCCUUCAAGACCAGCAAACAGCACAAGGCGUGA